GUGAGUAUGUAUAACUAUAAACUAAAGUCCAAUCCUUGGACUUCAUCUCUCUCCUCCUUCUCUGUAUCUUCUUCAACAAUGGCUCAUCUCUUCAGAGACCUCUCACUGGGCCAUUCUAAGAGAGGGACCACAGCCACCGCCACAUCCACCACACCCCCCAAAACACUCAGCAUACCCACCAAACCCAUCACCGCAAUGGCCACCGAUCUCCCCUCCCCACUCGGCCAGCUCUCUGCCCAACUCACUGACUCGGACCUCCGACUCACCGCCUACGAGAUCUUCGUAGCCGCCUGCCGCACAUCCACCGGAAAGGCCCUGACUUUCACGUCGUCUUCCGCUUCUUCUCACUUGGACUCACCGACACAGCACGCCAACUCGCCCAACGGCUCGCCGGCGUUGCAGAGAUCGCUCACUUCCGCAGCUGCCAGCAAGAUGAAGAAGGCAUUGGGUCUCAAAUCGCCGGGUUCGGGCUCCAAGAAGAGUCCUGGGUCCGGUGGGUCCGGGUCGGGACCUGGAAAGCCCAAGCGGGUUAUGACGGUGGGUGAGCUGAUGAGGAUCCAAAUGGGGAUUUCUGACGCUAUGGACUCUCGAGUCAGGAGAGCUCUGCUUAGGAUUUCUGCUGCUCAGGUAGGAAGGCGAAUUGAGUCAGUGGUAGUCCCACUGGAGCUCUUACAGCAGCUCAAGUCCUCUGAUUUUACUGAUCAACAAGAAUACGAUGCAUGGCGGAAAAGAACCCUCAAAAUUCUUGAGGCCGGUCUCCUUUUGCAUCCCCACUUGCCACUCGACAAGUCGAAUAAUACUGCACAGCGACUGCGGCAAAUUAUUCAUGGGGCAUUGGACAGGCCCUUUGAAACUGGGAUAAAUAAUGAGACUAUGCAGGUUCUUCGUAGUGCUGUUACAACUCUUGCUUCCAGGUCAUCUGAUGGUCUCUAUGAUUCAUCCCACUGGGCAGACGGGUUACCAUUGAAUCUCCGGCUUUAUGAAAGGCUUCUAGAAGCCUGCUUUGAUCUUCACGAUGAAACAUCUGUAAUAGACGAAGUUGACGAGCUGAUGGAGCACAUUAAGAAGACCUGGACAAUCCUUGGAAUGAACCAGAUGCUCCACAACCUUUGCUUUACCUGGGUGUUAUUUCACCGCUUUGUGGCAACUGGCCAAGUUGAACUCGACCUGUUAUAUGCUGCUGAUAGUCAGCUAGCCGAGGUUGCUAAAGAUUCAAAGGCAACAAAGGAUCCUGAAUACUGCAAGAUCUUGAGUUCGACAUUGACUUCAAUAUUGGGUUGGGCAGAGAAGAGACUCCUUGCAUAUCAUGACACUUUUGAUAGCAGUAACAUUGAUACCAUGCAGGCCAUUGUUUCGCUGGGGGUAGUAGCAGCUAAGAUUUUAAUUGAAGAUAUAUCGAAUGAGUAUCGUAGGAGGAGGAAAAGUGAAGUUGAUGUUGCUCGCAACAGGAUUGACACUUACAUUAGGUCAUCAUUACGCACUGCUUUUGCUCAGAGAAUGGAAAAGGCAGACUCAAGCAGGAGAGCAUCAAGACACCAGCCAAAUCCCCUUCCCGUUCUUGCCAUCCUUGCAAAGGACGUUGGUGAGCUGGCAGUUAAGGAGAAGCAGGUGUUCAGUCCCAUACUGAAGAGAUGGCAUCCUUUUGCGGCUGGAGUGGCUGUGGCAACCCUUCAUGCUUGCUAUGCGAAUGAGAUUAAACAAUUCAUAUCGGGUAUAACGGAGUUGACACCAGAUGCUGUACAAGUUUUAAGAGCUGCAGAUAAGCUGGAGAAAGAUCUUGUGCUGAUAGCGGUUGAAGAUUCUGUAGAUAGUGAUGAUGGUGGCAAGGCAAUAAUUCGGGAAAUGCCCCCUUAUGAGGCUGAAGCUGCAAUUGCAAAUCUGGUAAAAGUGUGGAUCAAGACUAGAGUGGACAGAAUGAAAGAAUGGGUUGAUAGGAAUCUGCAACAAGAGGUAUGGAACCCACAAGUAAAUGAAGAAGGCUAUGCUCCAUCUGCUGUUGAAGUUUUGCGAAUUUUAGAUGAAACUCUGGACGCGUUCUUUCAGUUGCCAAUACCAAUGCAUCCUGCAUUGCUUCCUGACUUGAUGGUUGGCCUCGACAGAUGUCUUCAAUACUACGUAACCAAAGCAAAAUCUGGAUGUGGAUCACGUAAUACAUUUGUUCCCACUAUGCCAGCAUUGACCAGAUGCACUAUGGGAUCAAAGUUCCAAGGCUUUGGCAAAAAGAAAGAAAAAUCGCCAAAUCCUCAGAAGAGGAACUCUCAGGUUGCAACACUCAAUGGGGAUAACUCCUUUGGAAUACCACAGCUCUGUGUUCGCAUAAACACAUUGCAAAGAAUCCGGAGUGAGUUGGAGGUUUUGGAGAAACGUACUGUUACUCAUCUAAGGAAUUCUGAAUCUGCUCAUGUAGAAGACUUCUCGAAUGGAUUGGGGAAAAAGUUUGAACUCACACCAGCGGCUUGUGUGGAAGCAAUCCAACAGCUUUGUGAGGCAGUGGCUUAUAAAAUGAUUUUCCAUGACCUAAGUCAUGUCCUGUGGGAUGGCCUGUAUGUUGGGGAAGCAUCAUCUUCUAGAAUAGAGCCUUUUCUUGACGAACUGGAAAAGAACUUACUUAUCAUAUCAAACACUGUGCAUGAAAGAGUUCGUACACGGAUUAUUACUGACAUAAUGAGAGCUUCCUUUGAUGGUUUUUUGUUGGUUCUGCUUGCUGGAGGCCCCUCCCGUGCAUUCGCCCGGCAAGAUUCGCAAAUAAUAGAGGACGAUUUCAAAUCCCUUAAAGACCUAUUCUGGGCCAAUGGAGAUGGCUUGCCUUCAGAGCUGAUCGAUAAGUUUUCAACUACAGUGAGAGGUGUGCUUCCCCUUUUCAGAACUGAUACUGAGAGCCUUGUUGAACGGUUUAGACGUGUGACCUUGGAGUCGUAUGGCUCUUCUGCCAGGUCCAGACUCCCAUUGCCCCCAACUUCUGGCCAGUGGAACCCAACCGAACCAAACACACUCCUACGCGUGUUGUGCUACAGGAAUGAUGAAGCAGCUACCAAGUUUCUUAAGAAGACUUACAAUUUGCCUAAGAAACUCUAAAAUUUCCUUGGGGGAUGGUGCAUGGCAAGGGCUUGCAGAAAAUUGUUAUAGGCAUCGACAGUGCUUGUAUUUAGUGUACGGAGCGAUGAUCACUGUGCCGAGAUGCUUCCAAUUUCUUGCAUUUGUGAGCAGAGGGGGAAGAGGCGUUUGCCGCCUUAGGCAGUGGCAGUGAUCUUGUAUAGUAAAUUCUUGAGUGUUUGGUAUAUUCCAGCAGUUUGCUAAUACUAGGACACGAAGUUUGGAGCAGAUGGGUUUAAAAGGAGGCAGACUUCUACAGGUCGAAUAUUCUUUUUUUCUUCAUUCAUUUUCGUCGUUUAGAGGCUAUAAAAUCCAAUUGAUGUAUUCUUUUUCUUUUUUAAUGCUCUACUGCACAGCAAUUAUUUUUUGUAUUUUUUAGCUUUAUGUUUAAACGACCGAUGUUAUAUAUUUGUCAGUUUCC